AAAAUCCUCGUUUUGUGGGAGAGAGAUUGUUGGGUAAUGACUGACUUGCAGCUGGAAGAAAUCAUCGGAUUCUUAUUUAUUAAAGAAAAAAAUGUUUAAAUGCCUUCCAUGUGACAAGCGCUGUGUCAGGUGGGAAAUGCCAGCCCCGUGCAGCCUCUGUCCGGCUGUUUUCCUCCGCUUUCCCCACCCCUAGGUUUCCCCGUGCCCAAACAAGACUUUGUGCUUCGUGGCUUGUCCAGGCAAGCAGGCCUUCGCGGGACCCAGAUGGUGAGUGCCCCUCUCUUCCGGGCCGCCCUUCCCUGUCCUGGGCUGCAGGGGAGCAGGAACUCUGGGGCGAGAUCCCGCCGCUUGACGCUCACUGCCGAAGCCGGCUCCCCGGCUCUGUCUCCGCCCAACGCGGGGGCGCAACCGUCACGCCCCCUCACCCCUCCCGCCGGCUUCACGAACAAAGUCGGCCGCCGCCCCUCCCACCUUUGGCGUCACAUUCAAAACAAUCCUUUGACUGCAACUCCCGGAAGGCCGAGCGGCCGAGAGAGCGCCCCCGCGCUCCCGGUUGUUCCGGAAAACUACACGUCCCAAGGGGCAGCGCGCUAUCGCGUGUCGUUUCACAGCGCGAGUGCGGAACUGCGUUUGUUUCCGGCGUGGGUACGGAGAAGAACCGCUUGUAGUUUGGUUUAAGUUCUGCACGGCAGGACGUUCUGGGUUUGCCUGUUGGGCUCCUGGUGCAGCAGCUACACGGAAGAGAUGGGGGAAGAGGCUAAUGAUGAUAAGAAGCCAACCACUAAAUUCGAACUAGAGCGAGAAACAGAACUUCGCUUUGAGGUGGAGGCAUCUCAGUCAGUUCAGUUGGAGUUGUUGACUGGCAUGGCAGAGAUCUUUGGCACAGAGCUGACCCGAAACAAGAAAUUCACCUUUGAUGCUGGCGCCAAGGUGGCUGUUUUCACUUGGCAUGGCUGUUCUGUGCAACUGAGCGGCCGCACUGAGGUGGCUUAUGUCUCCAAAGACACUCCUAUGCUGCUUUACCUUAACACUCACACAGCCUUGGAACAGAUGCGGAGGCAAGCAGAAAAGGAAGAAGAGAGAGGCCCCCGAGUGAUGGUAGUGGGCCCCACUGAUGUGGGCAAGUCUACAGUGUGUCGCCUUCUGCUCAACUAUGCAGUGCGUUUGGGCCGCCGUCCCACUUACGUGGAGCUGGAUGUGGGCCAGGGUUCCGUGUCCAUCCCUGGUACCAUGGGGGCCCUCUACAUUGAGCGGCCUGCAGAUGUGGAAGAGGGUUUCUCUAUACAGGCUCCUCUCGUGUAUCAUUUUGGUUCCACCACUCCUGGCACCAACAUCAAGCUUUAUAAUAAGAUUACAUCUCGUUUAGCAGAUGUGUUCAACCAAAGGUGUGAAGUGAACAGAAGGGCAUCUGUGAGUGGCUGUGUCAUUAACACCUGUGGCUGGGUCAAGGGCUCUGGUUACCAGGCUCUGGUGCAUGCAGCCUCAGCUUUUGAGGUGGAUGUCGUUGUGGUUCUGGAUCAAGAACGACUGUACAAUGAACUGAAACGGGACCUCCCCCACUUUGUACGCACUGUGCUGCUCCCUAAAUCUGGGGGUGUGGUGGAGCGCUCCAAGGACUUCCGGCGGGAAUGCAGAGAUGAGCGUAUCCGUGAGUAUUUUUAUGGAUUCCGAGGCUGUUUCUAUCCCCAUGCCUUCAAUGUGAAAUUUUCAGAUGUGAAAAUCUACAAAGUUGGGGCACCCACCAUCCCAGACUCCUGUUUACCUUUGGGCAUGUCUCAGGAGGAUAAUCAGCUCAAGCUAGUACCUGUCACUCCUGGCCGAGAUAUGGUGCACCACCUACUGAGUGUCAGCACUGCCGAGGGGACGGAGGAGAACCUGUCCGAGACAAGUGUAGCUGGCUUCAUUGUGGUAACCAGUGUGGACCUGGAGCAUCAGGUGUUUACUGUUCUGUCUCCAGCCCCCCGCCCACUGCCUAAGAACUUCCUUCUCAUCAUGGACAUCCGCUUCAUGGAUCUGAAGUAGAGAUCCACAGGAAGCCUUGCUGCCUGGGACUUAGAGAUAUGGCCAUCCUAAAGGCAGAUGAGCUGAGAGACUCUUGGGGCCACCUGACCAGUAAACUGUGGACUAGUAGAAAGUAUAUAUUCUACCUCUAAAAACAGGUAGUGGUAAACUGACUCUUCUAAUCUUGAACCAAAAGGAAAACCGUGAGACUGUAAUUGGUUUCUUAGAUCACCUCAGAUACCACUUUGAAUUCUUCAAGACCCUGGAGAAUUACAUUUCUUUACUGUGUUACUAUGUGGUUUUUAAACAUCACUGCUUUCUAUUCCACAUAUGGUACUUACUCAUUUAUAUAAAAUGAAAGUGUGAAUUAGAGGGACUCUUUCCGAUAAAGUUCAAACUUAGAAAAAUUAAUAAAUAUUUUUGCCAUAUCAUA